AAUUCUAGAACACGAAAGAGAGAGAGGGGGGGAUCAUAUUCAGACCUUUUUGGAGGGUGAUAAUAUUUUAUUUUCUUAUGUUUUUUUUUUCUUUUGAUAUUUCCUGAGUGAACACUUUGUGGUGAAUUUAAGGUCAUAAUUUGAUGAUGAAUUCGGGUUCAAUUCCUUUUGUUUCCAGUAUAAAUAUUCUUUUGUGUGACAGGAAUAAAAUUGAAAUAUAUCAUUUUGUAUGGCUUUUUUCGGAAAGAAAUUAAUUACUUGUAAAAACACAUGAUUAAUGAGCAAGGAAAUCUCUGUACAACAACAGCAACUACUACUACUACUACAUGCAGGGACCUGGGAACGAUUUCUAGGGGUUGCUGGUUUGGAUAGUAAUGAUAACCAAUAAUAAAAAACAACAUAAAAUAUAUAUCAAUUGGACAUUCACCCUGCAUGGGUUCCGUUUUAUACAGACUUGUUAUAAUAACAAAUAAUAUCAAUUUCUAUGACAAAUCUUCUAUCAGCCAAACAAAAUUAAUGAUUUUAGUAGCUUUAAACUAUUAUUGUCAAUUGUUAUUAUAACGAGUUUUAUGAAACGGGGCCCUGCUUGUGUUGGUAAAAGAAGCCAACUCAUCCCGUAAGAUCUCUCCAUCCCCCCCCCCCCCGCCCCCGCACCCGACUCCCCAACCUCUUUUGUUUACAUCUGAAUCCUAAUAAGAAAUCUGGAGAAGCCAUAUCAGAUCAUCGAGCCAGUCUCUCUCCAAACUCUCCUCCUGAAAACACUUACUGUUUAAAUCCUCCUUGAAGUUAAGAUAGAAACAAAGAUGGUGCGAUUUGGUUGUGUCCUUUUGGCGUUUUAUACGAUUGCUUCGUUUUCUGUGCAUGGAGCAUCAAUAGGUAAACGUACGAAGCGUGAAACAUGUGGAGUCAUGAUGAUUCGCACGAAUAAUUGCAGUAACCAUGGUUACUGUCGCGUAGACAACAUCGGACCUCAUUGUAUGUGUUACGAAGGAUGGGGUGGUUAUCUCUGUCAGGAUGCCAUCAAUACACCACAAGGAGAGAGGAGCCCCCUGGUCGAUGACGACGGCAAUAACGACGACGGUGAUAGUGAAGAUGAUGACGAUGUUGCACAAGUGACAGAAGAAACCAGACGACCAGAGGUCACAACCCAAGCAAUGAACGAAGAAACGACUGUAGACCAAGACAACGACGGCGACGAUGAUGGUGACGAUGACGAGGUGAUGAGAACAGAACGUCCUAACUCUACACAAGAUGGAGGUGCUAUUGGUGGAGAUGAAGGAGAUCGUGUAGCAUUCCUAUGUGAUGAGCUCUAUGCUGGAACCAAUACAUGUAGUAACAGACAAGGUCAUUGUUCUGUGGAUGGCAUUGGAGCUUUCUGUCAGUGUAACAUUGGAUUCAUAGGAGUUGCGUGCCAAUACAGAGCCGAGAAUGUCGCCCAGGUUCUGCAAGCUUUAAUUGGCAUGAUGCGUGAUCCACACUAUCGAGUCAUCGGCGGCUUUACUCCAUAAGAUAACAUUUGAUUGCCUACAUCAUUAUACAUCAUUCGCAUUAUUAUAGUCGAAUCUUAGGAGCUGUAUAUCACACGUCUGUUUUUUAUUGGCAACUCCUAGGUUUUACCUUCCCAUUGUAAUCUAACGAAGUACAUGUAUUUACAGCAAGUUGUUGUUCUCUUACCUCAGUACGAACGAUACUAUUUUCGAUAUCAGUAUACACUACUAGUAGCAGAUUUACCUUUCUGCUAUAAGAGGGGGUUUGACACCAUUUGGUUUGACAUGCGCAGAGUCAGGAAUUUUCUGAAUAUUUGACAAGCCCCCCCCCCCCUCCCCACACCCAACAGUCAUCACCUAAAAUGAAGGGCGUUUGGUCUCCAGAAAAAAAGACAACCCCCCCCCCCCAAAAAAAAAAAAAAAAACAUCACUCCCAAAUGCCAUUUCGGGUUCAUCUCUUUUACCUGGGAUGCGACUGCGUCCUAAACCACCAGUACCCCCAUAGAUCCAUCACUCACUCUUUUUCUUCCAGGGAGCCCAAGUGGAGGAGAUUAAACCUAUACCUCUCCCGAUCGGUUGAAUCGAAUUGAAAAGUGUAAGGUAGCUUAUUCCAAAAGUAACACUUUGUUAAAUUUGGCUAAAUUCUUGUGCUAUAUGAGGCUAGCUAUUCGGAAAAAUAAAGAAGAUUCUAAAGAUAUGCAAGUGUAUAUAUUCAUUAAAAUCAAUUAUUGUCUAUUUACGAUCAAUUUGUUUCGGUCUUUCGUGGACUUAAACUAUUACCUUGUAAGUGUAUGUAGUGCUUUAAAUUAUGCAACAAAAAUAUAUAUACAUAUUUCCAUCAUGUUCUCUGUAACACGAGUGUAACCAGAAGUGGAUUAUUAAUUAUUUUGUUUUAUAUGUCAAAAGUGAUUAGAUAACCCUAUAUCCAACAGUAUUGUCUGAAGAUAUUUACCUUUAUAACACAAAAAUUGUUAAAAUUCACACUGUAUGUCUAAAGGCAACCGCACACCGUACGACUGGUCGGCGACUCGAUUUCAGAAUAAAAUGUAGUAGAAUUUGAUGCUAUAUAUUGAGACUUGGAAUAUCUUACUGUGUAAUGUUCUAAAUCAUCGUACGAAUACCUAUGUUCAAAUCUGUGACUAUGCUAUCAUCCGGCUCCUUAGAAUAAAAGCGAAUUCAAUAUCUAGUCGUAAUGACGUCAUAGCAGUCGUAUGAUUGACUACGAUUUGAAACUAAUUUGGCCUUUACUCAAAAAUAAAAGCUUGCAAUCUUUCAAAAUGGUUAUAUUAGUAUUCUUUCAAUUGAUUUCAACCUCAAAUAAAAUGAUAUGUCCCAUUCACAUUUUCAGAAAAUAAGCAAAAUGCGAUUUGUUCCAAAAUCGGAUCGCGAACAGUCGUAAGGUGUGCGGUGGCCUUAACAUCAUGAUAGCCAAUCACAUUGUAUUUGGUGGCACUUUGUCAGUUUCUAUCAUGCUUGGGGUCCUUAUAUAACGAUCACAUUGCAGUUUCAUUUGAAAUUUUGAAGACAGUAAAACAAAACUCUUUCAGGUCACUUUGGCCCUUAUUUUGAAAAAUAUUAUCCUCUCACAUGGUCAUAAAACUCACACGCAUGAAUUGUAUUGCCGGGUCUUUUAUCAUCAUUUAGUUAAGCUACCAAAAUAAAACUACAUUAUUACAGAUUAUAUUAAAGGAAAAAUUAUUAUCCAGGUCUAUGAA